AUCAGAUGUACUCUAUUGAAAAUAGAAAGUUUCAUAUUUCAUGUAUAUAUUUGAACAAAUUAUAACUUUAAGUAAUAUAUAGUAAUAUUGAUACAACAGAAAUGGAGAUUGUAGAAGAUGGAAAUUUAGUUGACCGUGUAAGAAUUUUAUUACAACGGGAUAUGCAAUAUUAUCAGGAAAUGCAAACGGUAUUGAAAGAGUCGCUUUGUACACGUGUCCACGGUGGAAAACUCGAUUUUCCUCGACAUGCUUCAUUCGCUGCUGUUAAAAUUGUUACAUGGUGGGAAGCAGAUUUUCAAGCUGCUUUCAAGUGUCACUCUGGAUUAACGAGUGCAAGCGAACAUGACGCUACCGCAAACGUAGGAACCGAGGAUAGAGUCAUAAAAAAAAUUCAGCCAUCCGAAUUCAUACUUCUCGUUGUUGACACCUCUGAUAAAUUAUUAGAACAUUUACAUAUGCUUAUUCAGGAAUCGUUGGAUCACGCGGAUUUGACGGUUUUAACUGCUACUUUGGGAGCAGCUGCGCUCAUACGAAAUUGCUUAUGGUGUUAUAGUCAACAAGCUAAAAGUGCGAUUUCUUCACAUUCAAGCGAGAAACUAAACAAAGCAUACAAAUCUUAUCAUGAAAUGGCUGAAGCAGUAGCGGAAAGAUUGUUGGAUCUACACUGCCGUUUAAUUUCAUUGUACAUAUUAAAUGAAGCUGACUCUCUCAGCUGGCAUGAUACUAAACCUUUUUUUGAACGAGAGCGUUGUUCUUUUUCAAUUCAAAUGUGGUGGUUAUAUAUGCAAGGGACGAAGGCCGAUUUGUGGAACACCGUUUCCCCAAAAAUGGCACAACGUGUGUUUUCCGGAAUGUUAAAUGAGUCUCUGUCUAUCCUUGUAACAAGAUUUAUCUAUGGUCGUCCAACUUUGGCACGAUCUGAACAAUUCUGGACAGACGCUUUCAACGUCCUUUGUUGUACGGGAUAUCUUGCAUUGGGUGCCUGUAUCAAUGCUACUGAAAUGAUUGGAAUAAAAUUAAAUAAAUUAUCAAUCUCUGUUAGAGAUAUACAUGCAAAAUGCAAUGAGCUGUUGGUUUGUUUAUUAUUGAGAGGCACCCCUCUUCAAGAUUUAUAUCAAGCUUUCAGAGUUGGGUUUGAUAAUUUGAGUAUUUUACAACCACGUCUCGGACCUGCACCUUGGCUGCUAAUAUGUGCACCAAAUUUAGCGGGUUCUCUCGAUUCUGAUGUUUACAUUUCAAACUUAUCAGAAGACCGAUAUGUAAUUUUGGAACUGAAUGUUCUCAGGCAUCAACCUCAACCAAAUUGGCCUCAAGUAAUAAAGGUACUUUCUAUGAAUGAUUAUGCAGUGGCUAAGAUACUGUUGAACACAUUAAUUCACGAGUGUGGUAAUUAUACGUCCGAAGACGAUUUUGAUCAUUCAAAAUCAAAACUUGAUGAACACGGUUGUGGUGGUUUUUUGUGUAGUAGCACAGCCUGCAAUCAAAUAUUAAAAGUGACUCCAGCAUCAAGUCUUUAUAGUUUAAUGUAUAUUUUAAUAUGUGUCGCGCAGGAUUGUGGUCAUGUUAUCGCACCAGUUUUGGAACGGAGUCACGAAUGGUCCAGUUAUGUCGAUCGACAACAGGUGUGGAAUCAGUCAAGACCACCAUGGUUAAAUGCAAUUUUAAAUCCACUGCAUAGUAUAAUGCAGCCGAUCAUUGAAAUGCUUUUAGAAGCUGUAAGAACAGGAGCAAGUAUGUACCAGGCAAUGUCACUGGUAAUUGGUUGUUUCACUGAAUUGUACGUGACUUUACCACCUGCUGUUUUAAAAACCGUGUUAGUACUGAACGAGUACAUUCCUGCCCACUGCCAUCCGAUCGGUGGAAAUCUUCUUCUUCACAUUCUUUGUGCGUCGCUCUAUACUGCCCUUCUUGAGUAUUCCAAAACCUGCAAAGAGGAAGAGGAAAAGAGUUCAACUUUUAAAGAAAUGAAUUACGAAAUGAGUUUCUUCGAUUCUAGUGAUUCUUCGGCGAUCGUACUCGCCUUGGCUGAAGCCAUUUGUAGCAUCGAUGAGGACAAUAAGCACACUUCUCAGAUUGACGAUUUUUUUCAACUUGUUAAGGACAACAUCCAUGAAACAAAUGAGGACCUGCACGUUAACAAAGCUAAAAAUAUAUCUUCCAUCAUUGAAACAUAUACUGAUGAACUAUUGUUUACCAGUUCCGGACGACGAGCUUUAAAAGUAACGCAUGAAUAUUUAGUACGUGCAUCUGAUUUGGUGUUGAAUAAUCUCCGACAACAUAAUACUGAGAAGUUGAUGCCUAAUGUGCCGGAAGUCUUUCCUUUUGUUAAACCGCUAAUUCAUAUAAUGUUUCACAUUGAGGAUAGUAUAUUUGAUCAGUUUCUUACACAAUACGAGAAGACAAAUUGGAGAAAAUCUUUAAAAAUGCCGCUCUCUGUCACGGUUGAUCAUGCACGAAGUCAACUUCUAUUACGUCCAGAAUUCAAAAAUGUCGGCGAAUUAUCACACGAAGAUAAAGAAGCUAUAUAUUUGCUUAGAAAAAUUUGCUCUUCCGUCAAAACAGCACAUUUCAAGUAAUUUUGUAUCACAGAAAAAUGUAAUUGAAAUAAAAUUUU